AUGCAUCAGGCUUCCCCUCGUCCUGCAUCCCCCUUGACCUCAGGCGCCGAGUCUGGCGCUGAGAAGUCCGGCGCCGGCGCCGCUGCCACCGGUUCCUCCAUCAGCCGUCCCUCCUCUCCCUCCACCCCCGGCGGUCCUCGCGCUGCCAUGCGUCGCCGUGCCGCCGCAGACCACAAGGAGACUCUGCGCAACGCUCGCCCCAGCUCCACCCGCUCUGCCGGCGCCGGUGGCUCCUCCGGUACCAUGCUCAAGCUCUACACUGACGAGAGCCCCGGUCUCCGCGUCGACCCCGUUGUUGUCCUUGUCCUGAGUCUGGGCUUCAUUUUCUCCGUCGUUGGCCUCCACGUCAUCGCCAAGAUCACCCGCAAGUUCUCCGCUUAG